AUGACUCUGCAAAACGGUGGGGCGGCGGCCGUGACGAUGACGAUGGCUGGGCCAGGAGGAAGCAAAGGGGCCCGGCUGGGCGCUGCGCUGCUCGGGGCAGAGCGGAGGGCUCGGCUGAGCAGAACAGAGGAAGGCCAAAGCCGGCCGGCAGCAACAGCCAUGGCUGAGGCUGUCGACAGGAGCAUCCAUACACAGCACAUCUCGGACGUGCACAACGUGCCCAUGCGUGUCCUCAUCCGGCCCAUCCCGGCAGAGCUGGAGCCGGGAAAGGUGCAGAGCCUGAUGGAGACCCUGCAGGAGGAUCCCGAGCGGGUGCCCCCCAUCGACGUGCUCUGGGUCAAAGGCAGUGAGGGCGGCGAUUACUUCUACUCCUUCGGGGGCUGCCACCGCUUCGCUGCCCACCAGGCACUCCGCCGGGAGACCAUCCCGGCCAAGAUCAUCCCCUCCACCCUCAGCGACCUCCGGACCUACCUCGGCUCCUCCACUCCUCACCUGCGCUAGCCCAGCACCCCGAGGAUGCCCAGCAGCCCCCUCUGUCCCUGGUGGUUCCGAGCCGUGAGCCCCUGGUGAGGAUGCCCAGGGGUCCCCAGCCCUGGGGAGUCCCCGGGGUCCCUCCAGCCGGGAGGGGUCAAGGUCCCCCAGACUUGGGGGGUCCCCGGGGUCCCUCCAGCCGAGAGGGGUCAGGCUCUCACCGGUACCGGGAGGCACCCGGCGGGGCCGGCAGGUGGCGCCAUUGUGCCGCGCUGCGCCGCCCGGAGCGACCCCGCGGACCGGGACGGGACGGGAUGAACCGGGACGGGAUGAACCGGGACGGGAUGAACCGGGACGGGAUGAACCGGGGCAUGGCGCAAUCGGGAAUAGCUGAACCGGGAUGGAGCAGGCUAAACCGGGGCACGGCUCAAGCGGGAAUAGCUGAACCGGGAUGGAACGGGCUUAAUCGGGGCAUGGCUCAAGCGGGACUGGCUGAACCGGAGCACACUGGAACUGGGACAAGUCACAGCUCAUUCGGAGAACAUCUGAACCGGGGAGGGGUACGGGCGUACUGGGACAUAACAGAAUCAAGGGCACAAGGAAGAGACACAGCUGACCCAGCAUGGCCAGUCCCCAGCCCACCCUCAGCGAUUCUGGGCUCACCUGUCAUCCCAGUCUCCGUGGGGAACAUCUCCAAAAUCCUGUGGUGGGGACAUCUGCUGCUGCACCUGGAAUAAAGAUGAUCAAAACCCCUGCA